AUGAACAUACAAACAACUAGUUUUUCACCUGUAAAACAUUCACUUGUUUUACUUUUAAAUAAAUCAUUGAAUUUUAUUGAUGAUCAAUAUUUAGAAAAUCUUCAAAAAGUAAAAAACUAUUUAGAAACAAACUACAAUUAUAAGAUAAUAAAUGGAUAUAUCUUAUUAAAUUUAACAGAACAAGAUAAUAAAGAACAUUUAGAAAAGUUAAAUAUUGCUACAAGCAAAUUUUCUUGGAUAAAAACUUAUGAUGUUUCUCAAGCUCAUCAAAUUAACAAAAAUACACAAUCAAUAAAAGUUAUGUACUUUUAUGAAUCAGAUUAUAUUUUAAAUGAAGAAGUGAAGAAUUUAAACAUUGACAAUUUAGAAGUUGAAGAAAAUAAUCGGUUUAAAGAGCUUAAAGAACGUGUCAAUUCUAAAGAUUUCCAAUGCAAUACAAUUCGUCAUCAAGACCUGCCACAAUUCAAUGAAACUGACUCUUUUGUAAAUAUUGAUAUUUAG